GAGCUGAAGCUUGGAUACGAGGGUUGCGAUGGCGCGUUGGAACUCACCUUCCAAUCCUACGUCGUCUCUGGCCCAAAAAAGCCCCUUCAUAACGCCAUCCACCGCCCGAUCUGUUGCCAUCAUGCUUAAGCCGACUUCACACGCUCGCUACUCGUGUUUAUCGUUACUUCGACAGCGCUUGCUCUAGGUGCAUUCGCGAUACUCGCGAUGAAGUUACGAAGCUAUGUUUUAGGGGUUGUAGUGGGCGCGUGCGCUACUACAGCUUCUGCACAACGCCAGGUAGCUACACCAGUCGUUACACCGGUAUUCCCGAUCCAGAAUACAACAACGGCAACGCCCACUGUCACUGCACUGCCUUGCGAGAAUCAGUGCUCGGUUUAUUACCCUCAGCUCUCUGCUAUAUCAUGGAUCCCAACGACUCAGAUCAUAUACACUACCAAGAUUACUGCUGCGAUUGAAAUGGUCAUUAUAAGGGCUUCUGGGAAUAUUACACUGCCUCCCUCUACAGAGUUGAUAUACAGCAUCGUUCCAUCCGAGUAUCAACUCUACGAACGUGGAUACAAUGAACAGGGCACUGCUGUACUGACUAUAGCAACGCCUCUUCCAGAUGGCGAGAUCUUCUGGACUCCCAUCACAUACCCGACGCCAUGGAUGACUUAUUCUACCGAGUAUCAGUGGGAGGGUGUCCUCCAAACACAUGAUAAAUCACUAUCACCUGCUUGCGCGACUGCAGGUCCAGAAGCAUCCAAUGUUCCUUUAUUCGAAUGGCCGACGUACCCUAUCCCAGAGGUCAAAGUAGAUGAGAACGAUCCUUUUGGUUAUGACCAUCAACCACUCUGGGUCCCUGUUGAAGAACAACCUGAUAAGAAGUUCUUUGACCAGAAUUUUCCGUCGGAGUCUGCUUUCUCCUUCUGCGAGUCGAUGUCACACAAGCCGACUCCAACCAAGUUCGAAGCUGCUAAAUACGUCACUGUAACUUCUACAGUAUACACCGAGAUACACUCUGUUGGUAUUGGCCAUGUCGAAUCUAGUGCAACGGGAUGGGAAGAGCCAACCAGGCCGACAGGGCCGGACAAAACUAUCGACAUUCCCCGCGUACAGUCAACUGUUUCAGGUUUCGAGGAUCCAGUAUCAGUAGCUACAGGGAACAUAUUCCAGAGUGCGGUUUCGAACAUCGGCGGCCAAUCCAGCAUUCGAGGCCAACCACCUCCCGACAUAAUUACACCGAUUCCCGCCGUGACUCCUACUGCAGGGAGACCCCGUGACCCAUCGACGCCAGUCUUCACAAUGAUUCCAACUGUGAUAGCAGAUCAGUCAACGACGAUUCCUGCAUUUGUGAUUCCGGGAUCUUCGUCGAUUGCAACGAUAGGCCAGACUGUCACACUGGAUGGCACUCCGACUGUACUUACACCGCCGCCGACUGUGUUCACAUCGAUCACGACUACUAUCAACGGCGUGCCAACUGCUGUGCCGGUCUACAUCAUCAAUGGAACCAGUACAGCCAAUCUUGGCGAUACCGUGACAGUAUCAGGGCAAACGACAGUUCUUGCUGCACCCCCUGCAGUAGCCACCUGGAUUCCAACUACAAUCAACGGCGUGUCAACGAGUAUUCCUGCAUACAUCAUUAGUGGGACGAGUACAGCGACGAUUGGACAGACUGUGAUUGUUGAAGGGUCAACGACUGUACUCUCCACACCUACAGACACCCAAGGAGGUGGCUCUUCUCAAGGAGGUCCACGGCCAACGGAGUCAACAUUCGAGGGUAGUGGCAGCCUUGUCAGAGCAUCAUGGGUCGCAUGCAUAGUGCCCCUCCUGUUUGUAUUACUUGUUUGAGAGGAUACCCCGGACAUCUAUGUUCAUAGUAAUUGCAUCUUGUUCCCUUG